UUUAUAAUUAGAUUAAAGCUUUUAUUUACCUUAAUCUUUUUGCAGCUACAUUUGUGCGAACACGUUUGGUCGGAGAAUGGCAUAUCCAGGUGCCACAGCCCUUGUAAACACUCUUGUGGAGACCCCUUUAAUUCAAGGAAGAGCAAAACUGGUUGAAGAGAUGAAUGGUGACCGUGCCAAGGUGGGGACAGCAGAUGGCAACGAGAUAGACACCAUGUUUGUGGACCGGCGAGGGCGCCAUGGGGAAGCCUAUGGGCAGUUCCUGGUAGUAUGUUCCGAGGGUAAUGCAGGUUUCUACGAGAUAGGUGCCAUGGAGACCCCACUCAAACUGGGAUAUUCUGUGCUGGGAUGGAACCACCCUGGAUUCGCAGGGAGCACGGGUAUACCAUUCCCAGAUCAAGAGCAGCAUGCCAUAGAUGCUGUGAUGCAAUACGCUAUACAGAAACUGGGCUUCACACCAGACAACAUCAUACUGUACGCAUGGUCUAUAGGAGGCUACCCUGCAACAUGGGCUGCCAUGAACUACCCAGAUGUGAAACAUGUGAUUUUAGAUGCCACGUUUGAUGACAUCAUGCCACUUGCUCAUGCAAAGAUGCCGCAGUUUGCUAAGUCAUUGGUAGAGCUUACAGUGAAGCGAUACAUGAAUCUUAAUAUAGCUGAGCAACUCAAAAAAUAUCCUGGGCCUUUGUUGUUGAUCCGAAGAAGUCGAGAUGAGAUGAUUACUACUCAAGAUCCUACAGCCAUUCACACAAAUCGGGGGAAUUUUCUGCUCAUGAAGAUCUUGAAUCAUAGGUAUCCAAAAAUAGUGGAUGACUCGUCACUUUCAACUUUACAAGAAUGGACCUCAGUGGGAAAAUAUGAACAAGAUCAGCUCUACGUAGCGUAUGGCAUUGACUCCGAGUGGUGUGAGACGGUGAUGGCCUCGUAUAUGAUGGAGAAUCCUGGUGCAGUGUUUCCUAUCGACCUUGGGAGAGACUUCACCGAAGACCAGAAAAAACACAUGACUAUUUUUCUGGCUCGGAAGUACAUGGAGGACUUUGAUUCCACGCACUGUACACCCCUACCCCAGCAGUUCUUUCACAAACCCUGGAGCCCGAAGAUAUGAUGGCAGCAACUCAAUGCCUUGCACUAAAAAUGAGGCACGCAUAAAUCAUUGACCAACAUUUUUCUUUCACAAACCAUGGAGCCCGAAGAUAUACUAGCAGCAACACAGGGCCAUUAGUUGAAACCUUUAUAUUUUUACUCGAUUGCAACGAAAUUACUACAAUUUAUCUGAUAUGCUCUCGAGUCCCUUUCCUGUGACUAAAACCAGUGCUUUGUGUCGUAAGGAUAAAUCUGAUGAAUGCUCCAACAGUGGGGAUUAAACCAUUGACCUCUUGAUUGCUCUGCUGACAAAAUAUCCUUUACACACGGGCCUGUCAUGAGCAAUGACAUUAGGAUAAAACUGGAACCAGCAUUUAUUGGACUUUUAAUAUCAAUAACACUUUUCUAGGACUUUAUAAUUAAGGAUUAAGGGACCACUUGGCAAUCGGGAUGUCACAGGUUUGAUCCGCACUCUGGGAACGUUCUCAACUUCAUCCCAGGGAACGGACUUGAGAGUGUCUAUGUAAGCCUCAGGCUUCCAAUGCAAUCCAGCUGAAAUAAAUAUGUUUAGAAGACAAUAAAGGCAAAAGAACACUAGUGUAAUAUUAAAAGCAAUUAGGGCACCCUUUUACCAAUUUUUUUAUUUAUUUUUUGCAAUAUUUCUAUAUUUGAAUAUUUCUUUGUAUUUAUUUUGUGUUAUAUUGUGAACACGUGUGGGUUUUUCAAAUAUUUCAGAGAGCUUAGUAAACAACUGUGAAAAAAAGGAACUGCUCAUACAUUGUAGCGAUAGAAACAAUACUUUAUUGUUUACAAAUGAGAUUUUGUGAAUGUCUUGAUUUAUAACAAAAAUACAUUUGUUGCAAUGUAA